AAAUACAAUACACACAUUGUGCUCAUCGAUUCUAUGAUAAUUUAUCUGCGUUUUGCGUUUUGUUGUUCGCCCACGGUUGGGCGUAUUAUAUUAUCGUGAUAUAAUCGGGCAAGAAUUCGGCCGGUUGCCGAACAUCGUCGUAAUUCCGGAGAACAGGUGAUACAGGGAUUCGUACAGCUUGAGAAAAGAAACGUUUCGCUUCGACGACGACACGGAGCGAAAGCAAAUCGCCUGCCAGAAGCGGUACAUCGAGGUUGCAGAGCGUAUCAUCCGGGUCCUGGACGAAGCAGCUCCGCUGAUUGCCUCAUAUUACUCAACUCAGUUCUAUCGCAGCAGUGUACCUCAGCGGUCGCUUUGGUAAUCGAUCAACGCAGUGGAAAAAAAAGGAAACGAACGGAGGCGCUCGGUGAUAUCGGCGGGCGGCAACUUUCCAGGCAUCCACUGGACCCGAAUUUGCCUGCAUGGGCAACAAUUUGGUACGAAACCGUGUCCUGGACAACAUGAGCGACGCGGAAAAUGGAAAUGAGGAAAUGGCCGGCCAUAUCGCGGUCCUGCAUGAUCGGUUGUUGAACGACGAAGACGAACACGAUGAGCUAGAUGAAAACGAGUUUGCCUCCAUCCUACGGCAACUGAUUCGUAGUACCGGUUUUUUACUCGAUUUCAGUGGCGACAUUAUGGUGCUGAACUAUGAGAACUUCAUCCCAAAUCCGCUGCCGGUGAUCAAAAAAAAGCCAAACUUGGAUAAACUGAAGCAAAAUGCCAUCUAUCAUCACACGAAAAAUGCAUCGGGACACCAUGCUAUCGGUAGCAGCACGCCGGCCGAUGGAGCCUUUUCGCUCGUACGCAUGAUUAGCGACCGGCAACGCGGUCUCGGCAAGCGGCAGGGUCCGUACAUGCGGAGCGACCAGUGCAAAAUCAACAACCACUUCCGCCCGAACGAGUUCACCGACACCGUACACAAGUGUGAUGCGAAAGUAUUCUGCGGUCAGUUCACAAACGACGGCAAUCGGUUCGUAACCGCCAGCCAGGACACGCGAAUACGUGUGUUUGAUUCGUCGCGUGAAAACUACAUCCUUCUGCGCUCGCUCGUGACGAAGCAUGUGUCCUGGUCGAUCCUUGACAUCGACUUCAGCAGCGAUGGGACCUCGUUCGUCUACAGCACCUGGGCCGAUGCCUUGUUUCUUUCCAGACUGGACAACGACAUGAUCGACCGGAUACACAGUCUUUAUCUGAACCCGGACAAUCAAAAGCUCGGCGUAUUCACCGUGUGCUAUUCGAGUUGUGGCACACACAUACUGUGCGGUGCGAACGAUGGAAACAUGUACGCGUACGAUUUGAAGGCACAGCGACGCUCGCUGAUGGCGCCUGUUGCCCCGGACCUGUCGGACGUCAACUCGGUCGGAUUUGUCGAUGAUUCGUCCAACAUAUUCUUCAGUGGCACCGAUCAGGGCAUCAUCAAGCUAUGGGAUCGACGAUGUACGAACGAGGCACACCCGGAGGCGAUUGGAAAGCUGAUCGGCCACUACGACGGUGUCACGUACAUCGAUUCGCGCAAUGACGGCCGCUACAUUAUCUCGAACUCGAAGGACCAAAGUAUUAAACUUUGGGAUCUGCGCCAAAUGGCGCCCCAGUCGAUACGGGAUCGCACGUUCCACCAUCGCAACUGGGACUACCGGUGGGACGAGGUGCCGCGACGAUUCUUCAACGCGGUCAAACCACUGCAAGGUGAUACCAGCAUAAUGACGUACCGUGGCCACAAGGUGCAAAAGAGUUUGAUUCGUGCAAAGUUUUCCCCCGCACAGACCACCGGCCAACGCUACAUUUAUACGGGCUGCGGAACGGGUCGUUUGAUAAUCUAUGACGUUCUAACGGGUGCAAUUGUGGAAGCGAUCGAGGGUCACCACGAUAUCGUACGCGAUGUGGCCUGGCAUCCACACCGCUCGGAAAUCAUCACGUGCUCGUGGGACCACGCCGUCCACCGGCACACCUACUGCGGUCCCGUCGAUCGGGAAGAGGACAAAGAGGAGGACGUGAGGAAGAAAAGCCGCCCCCGGCAGCGUAACUACGAGAACGACUCCGAGGACGACGACGAAGAAAAGGAUCGACCGAUACGCCGUUCUCGACGCUUGGCGGAGAAGAACAAUUCCGUGUACCGGACGCUCCGAUCGAGCAUGCGAACAUCAUCAGGACGGAACUGAGUUGGUUUCUGUUUGUCCCAACGCACGCAGAAUUUUCCCUCUAACUGUUACCCGAUCUCUGGGACGACGGUCGUUGCGUCGGUUUCUCCACGUCCAGCAUCAUCUCUGGCACGGCCUGAAGUAUUGGAAAUCGGUUAAUGACUGGAGGGGAGGGGAUUGGCAAGAGAGUAAGUUAUAUCACCACCCCUCUUACAGUUGGAUGGAACCCAUGUUCGGGAUGAAAAAGAGGGAUAAGGGAAGAUUAAGAUUACCUUGGGUUAUUUUUUAAAAUAUGCUAUUAUGUGCUCUUUCAGGUUUCUUUCAAAAUUAUCAUUACUAUAACGAGUUUGUUGAAUGUAAGAGCUUUAUUUUAGAUGAAAUGUUACGGUUUGCCCAUUUGGAAAAGGAACAAAGAUUGUCAGGAGGAGAAAUAAUUUUGCACAAACCUCCGACAGGUGUUUUCUAGCUAAAAAUUUGAGUAAAUCAAAGCAGGCUAUUUCGAAGAAGCCAACGUUUUGUAAUGUCAAAUACAGUCAUCAAUUUCAACUUUAAGCCUAGUUAUCUCAGCGAAUACGUGACCUAGCACAACCACCUAGGAAUACGUGACCUAGGAAAAAGUACUUUCACAAGUCACUUUGGUUUGAAAAAAUCCACAAAAAGGCUCAAAAUCGAUGACAAAAAAGUAUCCGUACAUGAUGAGUAUUGAUGAUGUGCGAUCCGUAGAUGAUGUGCCAAUAUGUUGCAUUCAAUGCCACUUGCUUCAAUCAUAGCCUGCAAGUGCCCAGGCAUCAUUUGUACCAGUUUUUUUUUCUAAAGAUGCUGGAAAUUUGACUCGUUUUCCAUAAUAGUUCUAAAGAGGUCUACUAUGAUCAAGUUAAUGUCCCGUUGAUGGUAAAUCUAAGCGUCUUUCGACAAAUGUUGUACAGUAGGUUCCCGCUGUACGCUAUACUCGAUAUAGGCGAAUUCGCAAUACGCGAUUUUUUUUACAAAUGACAACGUUCAUAGCGUUUACCGUUAAUUUUCCUUUACAUCACAUGAAAAAGAUAGUUCUCCAUCGUUUGCAGUUGUUUGCCUUUGUUUUGGUAUAAUGAAGUUUUUA